AUGAUUGGCUUCUCGCUGAUUUUCCCAAUUACUGGCAUCUUAGCUCAGUUUCGAAUACAGAAUAUACCAUAUAUAACUCCGAGCAACUGCACAAGUCGUCAGUAUUAUAAUCGAAUUGAUUUUAGAUGUGAAAUUUGUCCGAAUACGACGAUUCCAUCGGCAGACAAAUUGGAAUGUCGUUGCCUCAAACAGCUGAAAUUCAAUUCGAUGCUCGGCGUGAUUGCCGCUUGCGAGCCAUGCCCAGAAGGCACAUUCGCAUCACCGGACCAAAAAGAGUGUCUAGAGUGCCGUGAAGGCACAUGCCAAUGCUCUAGUCGAAAUAUUCUAACCUAUCGCAAUCCGGAUGGCUCGUUUCUUUCCAAUGGCUCCUAUUGUAGCACAUGCUCGACAGGAUUUAAGAAGGAUGGUGAGAGCAGUUGCAGGGAAUGCGACACAUGCGAAUGCGAUAAUUGCACCGCAACCGAGCAGAUGUAUACGCGCGUGAAAACGCAAAACGGCAACGAGAUGCGGUCGAGUUUCAUCGAAACGCAAAUGCCGAAAGCGAUCAAAUUGUGCGCUCAACGACUGUUGGCCGGCUGCGAGGCGCUUCUGAAUCUGUGCGUCCUUCAAAACUACGAGCAAUCGACGAUCAAUGCGUGCGGCUAUCUCGACACCAUCAAACGCAGCUACAAUCCGUGGCAGAGCACAUGGGACCCGCAGCAUUUGAACGAUGACAGCGAGCUGGAAAGAGAGAAUGCGAUCGCUCAUCAGUAUGUUUUUGAUGGCAAUUCGAUGUUGGACCUAGUUUUUGCAAGAUACGAUGUUAAUGGAACAUUUGAGGGAUAUAUUGAAAUCGAUUCGAUCAAUUUCCAUUUUUGUGGUCCCGAUUCACCAAUAUUUUUCACGUUUGGCAGAAAAUCUCAUCGAGAAUGCACAUUAUCAAAAUCGAAAAUCCAUUUUCCCGAUAUUCGUGGAAAACUUUUCGAAGGAUUUCUUCGAUUUACCGAUAGCGAACAAAUCGUGAAGAUGUACCCGAUUUUUGUUCUGAACAGCGCGAUUCGAACCAACAAUCAAAUCACCAACCUUCUCACUCACGAUCGCAAUCGUUGGGCGCUGACUCGUCGAUUCUUUCUUGCCGACGAUUAUAGCAUUCAAUUCGAUAAUUCAACGAAACUCUAUAGAUUCGCGUCGAGAGUGGUGCUCCUUGUCACCAUGCAGAAAGGCGCUGAUGGAUUCAUUUUUCCGCCGGUCCUUUCGAUUGAAUAUGAUGAUAGUAUUGUCGAUUCCCUGUUCAGCUCGUUCUCGAUCGAAUACUUCAAAGAUCCCACCACUUAUGAUCAGCGACUUAUCAUAUUUCUAUUAAUUUUCAUUUCAAUCUCGCUGUUCUGGGCAGCGCUUUGCGCAUACAGUUGGGGUAGACGAAUGGGAAAAUCGUCGGCGGUCGACGCUUCAUCGAUCAUUUACUUUCUGAUCAGAGAGGUGUCCAUUCUUGGGGAUGUGUUCUUCGCAAUGUUCACCGUGAUUGCUUGCUGGAUCACAUGGGCUUAUAAAUCGCAAACCUACGUUCUCUAUAAUAUUCUAAGCGACGAGCAGCAAUAUUCAUUGUUUCGCUUCAUUGUGAUAGCCAUGAUAUUGAAGUUCUUCGGAUUGCUUAUAACGAUGGGGCUUCUCGUUUUUCAAGAAACGUUUUUCAUUGAUUGGGAGCGUCAGAAAUUGCGACAAGUCGACGAUAUCGGUCAGCCAGCUUCUCGCGAUCUAUCGAAAAACACCGAAAUUGAGCCAGUGGUGGUUUGGAGGACUUAUUUGAUUGCAAAUGAAUGGAAUGAGCUUCAACAAUAUCGAAAAAUCUCUCUUCCAUUCCAAUUAUUGGCAUUAAUUAUUCUUCACGAAUAUUUCAAUUUCAAAAAUUAUGCGAUUAUCGAGCCGGGAUUCCAUCGAUACAAUUCGGAUCCUUUAACAUCGCAGACGGUUCUGAUGAGUCGGCUCGCUGUUGUCUUAUUCUAUUAUCUCUUAAUCGCCGCAAUUCAGUGGAUUCUUCAAGUUCUAAUAGUUGAACGCAUAAUAGUCGAUCCUUUCCAUAAUUUUAUUGAUUUGUGCUCCGUGUCAAAUAUCAGUGUCCUGUCGCUUACACAUUCCUUAUAUGGAUUUUAUAUUCAUGGAAGGUCUGUUCAUGGAAAAGGCGACGCCGGAAUGAGUGAAAUGAACAUUUUCCUUCAACGCGAAAGGGACAAUCUUUGCGGUUUUCGCGGUCUCGAGCCGAACUCGGAGCUGCAAACAUUCACCGUCAAUCUUCCGAUUGCGCUUCGACAAAAAUACGAUGAAAUUCACGCAAUUUCCCGACAGAAUAUCACCGGCGCUGUUGGCCAAGACGCAAUUACCGCGAAGAUGAACGCGACGGUGGAAGCGCACGACAAAAUGAACAGCUUCCUCAAGAAUUUUGUAGAUCAUUCACUGAAUGAAAUCGAUUAUGUCGUUCGAGAUCGUCCGAUCCUUGAAGCGAUAUUGGAUUGUGAGAUGAGCGAUUCGUCAAUAACCGGAACAUUCACUAGAGACCCGUCCGAAAUAAUGUAUUCCCGCUGCUUCGUCUAUGGCAAUGAAUGGGCCUGGACAUCGUUCGAAUGUCUCACCUUGGCAGUCCUUUUCAUCCUUUUUGAUUCAAUCCAUUUUGCGUGCUUCGCCGUCUUCGUCAUCUCGAAUAUAAUCCGUCUGGAAGAGACCUCGUCAAAUAUGCAGACAAUUGUGGAAAGUGGCGCCGAAACGCCAGUGAUUUCAGUCACUCCCACAGCUGUGCCGCCUUCGGUUCAACCAUUCUCGGCUCUCGACGUUUCCCGGAAUAAACCACCAUCCAGUACGCAAUCGAAAACCGAUAAACUGGUUAACAAGGAGAUUGCCAAUCAGCUGAACGAAUAUGCGAAGAACACGCUAUCGAAUUUCCCGUGGUUCCACGGUUUGAUGCUGAAAGAAUCUGCGGAACCAUUGCUAAAGUGGGAAAAUUCAUUUGUGGUCCGUCGGUCUCAAGAUAGUGCCGAGAACAAGGUGUUCUGUAUUUCGAUUCGGCAAAAAUCCGCCAUCAAUCAUAUCUCAAUCAUCUAUGAAGAUAAACGAUGGUCAUGCCCAAAACUUCUGCAAAAAAAUGGAAAGUCAAAUGAGAAAAAAGAUUUUGCACAUAUCCAUGAGAUGCUUGAUUAUUGGUCGCUUCAUAAUGAUAAAAUGCAUAUACCGAUUCCGAGAUCAAAAGAUAUUUUGAAGCACAAAGUGGUACGGACAAGCGUAAAACUUGGAAGCGGCGCGUUCGGCGAGGUGUGGAAAGGGACGGUGAAGAUGAGAAAAAGCUCCGAACCCAAGGAUUGCGCUAUCAAGAUGAUCAAGGGCGAUUUGAAUCGAAAGCAGAUGAAGGAGUUCUUCCAUGAAGCCAAAAUCAUGUCCCUCUUUGAGCAUAACUGUGUGAUUCGCUAUUACGGUAUGGCGUGUCUCGCCGAUCCCGUCAUGAUGGUUAUGGAGCUCGUCCCAAAAGGAACAGUUCGCAGUUUUUGUCGGCAUUCUCCUGAUGCGACCACCGAGAAAUUUAUCAAGUUCUCUUAUGACAUCGCUAGUGGAAUGGAGCAUUUAGCUUCAAAAUGGGUGAUUCAUCGAGAUCUCGCAGCGAGAAAUUGCCUCAUAGGAAGCGAUGACAACGUGAAAAUUUCGGACUUUGGACUGUCGGUUCAAAGCGUUGAAGUGAAAGUGGCGAAUCUGAAGCAAGCGCCGAUUCGCUGGCUGAGUCCGGAGACGUUGAACAAAGGCAUUUUCAAUGAGAAGACUGAUGUUUGGUCGUACGGGGUUGUUUUGUGGGAGAUAUUCACAAAAUGCUCGACGAAGCCAUUACACGAUAUGUCCAAUAAAACAGUUAUUAAAACGAUUAAGCAAGUCGACGUUCCCCAUAGUCCGCCAAAAGGAGCCCCAGCAGACAUUGUACAAAUAAUGAUUGAAUGUUUCAAAAAGAAUCCGAAUGAGCGUCCGACGUUCAUUCAAUUGAAAAAUCGAAUAAAAAAAAUAAUGGAGACGUAUUCAAAGUGCUGCGAGAAGAAAAUGGAGAAUGACAAGAAAUUCACAAUUUUGCCCAGGAAUCUAACCAUGCGUAGAAAAAGCAAAGCGGGUGAUGACGAGCCAAAGAAGGCGUCAAAAAAAGAAUCGGAUAAGGUGAUUCCUCUGAGGAAGAAGCGGAGCAGCGAAAAGCAGCGAGGCGAAGAUAAAGCUUGUUUCGAAGAGGGUCAAAUCAUCGCACAAUAUGGCUCCAACCGCGUUGACACCGAAGAGAACGCAAUCAAAGACGGAUAG